GCCCCCACCCGCUUUUUUUCCCCGUUCGUCUGCGUCAUGACGUUACUCCGCAUCAGCACCCCACGGAGCAGUCGCAGCCAUUUUACUCCGCCAAAUAAACUUCAAUCUCAUUGCAGGAGGAGAGCAAAACAUUACCCAAGACUAGCACCAACGAAUAUAUCACCAUGAACGACAAGUUGGACACUUUGGACUUUCCGGUGUCGUCGAGUGGGUGUGACUCCACAGCCUAACAUUAGGGAAAGAAGCUUUCGAUCACCUUCUCUUGCUGUCCCCUUCUUCUUAAGGUCAUAACCUCACUUAACCUAAAGAACGGCGGUUGCUCAAAGGUCGCCAAGUUCUCCCCUGACUCAGGAUGGAGCCUCAGGUUUCCCAGGGGCUCCUCAGGGCAGGAGGGAUGUGUCCGCUGGUGCCCAGUCCACAGAGUGAAGCAGUGACUCAUGAGAUGGAGGAGUUGUCACUGCAGCCCACCCAGAACCUGCCGCCACUCAAUGAACGCAAAAACGUGCUGCAGUUGAGACUUCAGCAAAGGCGAACUCGGGAGCAGUUGGUGGAUCAGGGCAUCAUGCCACCGCUGAAGAGCCCGGCUGCGUUCCACGGGCAGAUUCGGAGCUUAGAGAGAGCCAGGACUGAGAAUUUUCUUAAGCACAAGAUCCGCAGUCGUCCAGAGAGAGCAGAACUGGUCAGGAUGCACAUCUUGCAAGAGACCGGAGCCGAACCGUCACUACAGGCCACCCAGAUGAAGCUGAAAAGAGCCCGACUGGCUGACAACUUGAAUGAAAAAAUAGCCCAGAGACCCGGGCCCAUGGAGCUGGUGGAGAAGAACAUUUUACCUGUGGAUUCUAAUCUCAAAGAGGCCAUAAUAGGGCAGGUGAACUAUCCGAAGGUCAUGGAUGAGGACAGCAGUGAUGCCUUGUCCCCGGAGCAGCCUGCCAGCCAAGAGUCUCAGAGCUCAAUGCCUUCACCUGUGGACAGCAAAUGCCCAGAAACUCCCUCGCCAGCCCAGCCUCCUUCAGGCCCAUUGCUGAAGGUCAGAGAGAGAGAACAUCAGUCCCCCCAAGCUGCUACAAAAGCCACUACAGACUCAAUGAGAGCAGUCACUACUAAUGAGCAGCCAACAAGCCGCCCAGCCUUUUCUCACACUCAACUAGUCACUCCAACCGCUCCCUCCAAACCUGCCCCAACAUUGGUGAAGCAAAGCCAACACAAACUGCCUUCUGAGAAGAUCCGUAAGAAAGGCAAAGACGCCAAGCCUAGAGUGAAAAAGCUGAAGUACCACCAGUACGUUCCACCAGAUCAGAAGCAAGAGCCCAGCGAAACCCUGAUGGACUCCUCCUAUGCCCGACUUCUGCAACAGCAGCAGCUGUUCCUCCAACUGCAGAUCCUCAGCCAACAACAGCAACACUACAACUAUCAAACUAUAUUACCAGCCCCACUCAAGCCUGUGGCAGAAGGCCAAAGCAGCAAUGCCAGCGGUCUGCCGGCCUCCAUUGUGGUUUCUCUACCCACUGCACCUCCGCUUCCCCCAAUGUCUUUGGCCCGGCAGAACAACUCAUUAUCCAACCGCAAGCCUGGAGUCUUGCCUGCCAACCUGGAGGAGAUGAAGGUAGCCGAGCUGAAACUAGAACUAAAGCUGCGUGGCCUCCCUGUGUCAGGAACUAAAACGGAUCUGAUCGAAAGGCUGAAGCCCUUCCAGAAUCUUCCCAGCUCCUCGGCCCCCAACACUAUUCCCACACCUGUUACGACCACAAUCACCGCCAUCCCCAUGGAGACAACCACUACUAGCCCUGCCAUUGUCCUUCCACCCCUGCUGGGAGCUUCCGAGCACAUGAGCGCCACACCUCCAGUUUCCCCUGUUCCUAAUGACCCAUUUACCCUCCACCAAGAUGCCAGCAUGUCAGAAGUCCAACAUGAAAUCCAGUUAGUGUCAAGAGGGCCCGGCUCCUCACCUCUCCCCAGCUUGCCCGUACCGGAGAAGGACAGAAGGCUCCAUGAGAAGGAGCGGCAGAUUGAAGAGUUGAUGAGGAAGCUUGAGCAGGAGCAGAAGUUGGUGGAGGAGCUCAAGAUGCAGCUGGAGGUGGAGAAGAGGUGUCAGAGCAGCUGUACCACCGAUUCGUCCGCCAUAGCCUCCAACUUCGCCACUGUUUCAUGUUCCUUGAGCCCCAUAUCAAGCAUCCCGAACGACAACACUGUAAAACAAGAGAAAACGGUCUUGACAAACGGCUCUCCGACUUCCCUACCUAACUCGCUGCUGGGCUCCCAGACUCCCACCAACCCACUGCAAACUGCGGUCAAGUUGGAGGAUGUGACUGUUUGUUCUGGAAAACAAAUCCAACUCCAGCCCCAAAAUCAUUUUCUCACCCAGACCCAAGUCAACACUAGCCCACAGCUUCUCUGCCAUUCCCAGAGAAGUCCCAAACUCAAGACCCAGCCGCAGUCCCAAACGACCACCCCCACCCUGCCACAGUUCUUCAUCAGCCAUCCCGGCAGGAUGUCCCAGGUGCUCGGUCAACCGCAGACCUUGUUAACCGCAUCUGGACAACCUCAGACUCUGCUCAGUCCCAAUGGCCAGACUGGAACUCAGAUCCUGCUCCCGGUGUCACUGCCCAACAACGCCGCCGGCAUCCAGCUGCCGAGCACCACUGUCAACCUGCAGCCUGUCCUUCAGGCCACUAUCUCAAAUCCAGGCCUUAUCCAGACCUCCAUUCCUCAGCUGCAGAGCACCAAGAUGGAGAUGGCUCCUAACCAGCAGUUGACCAACAACAACUCAUUGCUGCAGACUUUGCCCAUGUGCAACAAUACGACUGACAUGGAGACGCACACGAGGCCUGAGAUAAAUCCUCAGUCUUUCCUGGGGAGCUCCCCAGACAGAAGGGCCUCUCCUCAUGCCUCGCCCAACCACGUCAUUAACGGGACACUCAAUAAGUCCUCCUCUCCACAGCCGACCUUCAUCCUCCAGCCCGCGCCUUUUCUUUCCCAGCCUCCCAAGAGACGGGAGCCCCCUCGCUAUGAAGAUGCUGUCAAACAGAGCCGCAACCUGCACGUUAACAAUCUGUCCCAGGUUGCCACAGCAACCAGUCAGCAGAUGGAUGACUUGUUUGAAAUUCUUAUACAGAGUGGAGAAAUCACUCCAUUUGUCCAGCAUGAGCCUCCAGUGUCUAUCAACAAGACUCACCCGGUCACAGCCAGCAUCACCACCCUUCCAGUCAACACCGUCCUCUCCAGGCACCCUCCCCAAAUCCAGGUGGCCCCUCCUCCAACCUUAAGCCUGGCUGUCGACCCCAACCUAGCCAACCUCUCCUCGCUGGCCACCGAUAACCAGCUGGAGGCCUUCCUGGAAAGGACGCUGGCCGACACGCCGGCGGCAUCCGACCCUCGCACCAGGGGAUUGAUGGAGGAGCUGCAGGCACAGCUGAUGGAGCACCACCCUUACUCGCCCAUGGACACGUCCGACCUUUCUUUUUGCGACACCUCUCCCCCUUCCUCGCUCAAUAUAGGCCUGUCCGACCCGGGGUUGGAUAACAUGGAAUGGCUGGACCUCACCAUGGCGCCGGGUCCCGGCGGCGCACUCACGCCACUCGGGAUGCCGACGGACUUCCUGGACACGCAUGACCUGCAACUGCACUGGGACUGACCAACAAAUAAGAGAAGAGCCGGCCGGGCAGGAGUAGCUAAGCUAGCUAGUAGCUAAGAUAGAAGGAUGACGAGAAGAAGAGAACCACACCACUGUACAGGCAGCGCACUGCUUCACAUGGAAUGACAGCCCAGGCAGGAGAUGGCACAGCUUUAAAUCAUGAUGUCAUUUCUGGUAGCAAGGACAUUUGUACAUAGAUUUUCGCCACGAUUUCCAGGCCCGAAUCAUAUCCAGCGAUAGUGAUGGCUGCUGUUUAAAUAUGAGGUCACGCUAACACAAUGGCAAGAUGACCUCAGCAGAAACAAACAAAAAAAAGAAUCCAGGUGAUACUGACCACUCCCUGACUCCAUAACUCAAGCUGUGGCGAGGAUAAAGCCUGAUCCAUCCCAUCCUGCAUGAUUGCCGACUCAUCAAAUGUGACUAGUUAUACCGUCAUGAUGCUGAUGGACUGACUGGAGUGGAUGCAGGACUCCAUGGAGAGCCAUUUGAACAUUUUUGUUAGCCUCCUUAACCAGGAGGUCAAAUGACUGCUCUCCGUAGGACGCACCUCUGACCACGCUAUGCACUAAAGAGGCACGGCAUCGGCCGCCUCCAAACGACGCUAAUGUGAACACCACAUAUCACCAAUUUCUUGGAAACGAUCAACCGUUGAUUGUGAUCUCACGAGGCUGAUCAGCUUUAGAGAUCUGUUGUCGGGUCCUUUCAUUUUGAAUGUAUUCUACAAAGAUGGAUUUUCCUCAUUGUGCCGGCAGCUUUUGUGGCAAACAAAUAGGAAAAGGGAACAAAUAGCGACAGUCGCUGUGACGCAUAAGUAAUUGUAUUUGGGGAAGUUGACGUCCGUAUCUAAAUGUCCUGCAGUAUCACUACACUGCGUGUGUGUGUGUGUGUGUGUGUUACAAGUGUAUGUAUACAGUAGAACCUCUAAGGUUGAAUUUGGUCCAUUUUGAGGUAACAAUUAAGUUCGAAACUGUUAUUGCAAUUGAAUUAGUUUGGCCCAGAGUUAAAGUCAUCGUUUUGCCGUGUCACCCCACCAAAAAAAACAAAAGGCAAUAUUUUAAUGUCAAAAUUCUGGUCCAGGUUUCCACUCGUCUGUACAAGGAGGCCAGGAAGCCAAACGGUUGGAGAAUUGUGCCGCGGCGGCUGUGCAAGCCAAGUUGCAUGUGCUUUGUGCGUCGUCGUCUCGUCUUUGUGCGCAUGACCGUCCCUCAGUCGGGUUGUGUGAACUAAAUGUGCUACCACAAUCAAAUGAUUGAUGAAUCUGUAACAAAAGGCUUCUAACGACUGUUUUCUUGGCUGUAUGUGGGCCAAACAUGGCCGGACCACCUGAGAGGUGUUGGCAAAAGGAGGGCUCUGCUGUUUUCUUUUUUAACUUUGUCAACUUUGUCAACUUCUUAUCUGCAACUCUGGUCCACGUCUUGAAUUUGGUGAGUGCGAAUGUGCUUCUUUACCACAUAUACCACUUGUGUACUUACGUCUAUAACCGCUAGAGGGCGUCGCCACGUUUUGUUAUCACCUACAAUUUAAAGGCUAUAAAUAGUUUUAGGAUGGCUUUACACCGCCCUAUUUCGAUGUAAUUCCAAUGUUAUUGUUUAUGGCAUAUUUACAUACAUAUUUCAGGUAACACACAUUUGAUUAGGCUUCUCAAUAGUUUUUUCUGUGUUACAGAUUAAAGCAAUAAGUGAAUCAAUUUAUGUAUUUCAAUGUAAAUUUGAAACCAUGUCCUAUUUUACAUGGAAAAUUUCAAUCUGAUUAUUCUAAAUAAUAGACAGUUUAUGGUUAUUGAAAAAAAAAAGAAAUAGUUGCAGUCCUAGUCCAGGGCUUUUUUUUUUCCUAUUGGUGCUGCCAUAAUGUGUCAACAAAAUGUGCCACUUAAGUCUUGAAUCUGAAUUUGUCAUUUGAACCAAUGUAAAUCCAUAAUAACUGAGCCAAACUUAAUUUCUGUAGGAGGACAGUUUGGCUGGAGGUCUACUUGUUAGUUCUGCAGUCCAAAGCCAACUUUAGCUUUGCCUCCAAAUUGCUAAAUUUUAAAUCCUUUAAGACGAUUUUUUUUUUGUAUUAUAUUUUAGAUUUGACGUCUGUUUGCUUUAAAGCGUGUCAAUUUUUUUGUGGCCAAAAGGGCAUUGGGAUAUAGUAUCACUUUUUUAAGAUUUAUCACGUGUCUUCAGGUUGAUUACAAUUUAUAAUCCUUUUUUUUUUUUUUUUUGCCUUUGUAAAGCCAGUCUUGUGUGCAUUUUUUUUUUUUUUUUUUUAAUGUUUUGUAAUAUCGGACCUCUCGGCUGCAGUUGUACCGGUGACGCGAAGCUUACAGGCCAGUUGAGGACGUAACUCUUGUAAUGACAGCUACUCUCCUUGAUUUAUUGUAUUGUACUUGAGUGCAGACUCAUGCAUUAGCACUCAAUCUUAAUUCAUAUCAGAACUCUAAAACUGCCCUCUUACAGACUGCACACUCCAUCACCAUGGUAAUUUUCAAGCUACAAUAAAACUAUUCUGGGGUGGUAGAUUAAGCACAAGUGAGCUUCUGGCCCUUGUGCAGCCGAUCCUUUCAUUGAAGCUUCUAGUCUCCCUUUUCCCAUUCUUGUUUGUAUGCCAUACGUUUUGCACAUUAUGUACAUAUUUGUAUAGAUGUAAUGCAUAUUUUUAUACAUGUGUUAAUAUCCACGGGCUCUCUAUUUUGUAAAUAUGAGAAAAAAGUUGUAUGCCUUUUAUGUGACAAUAAAAAAAUUGGAAUCGUUCAA